GAGACACACUCAGGAAGUUAACAGGGGAAGUAUAGCGGUUUCUUGCGUCAUCAUUUUAUGCUGCUUGUAUGCCGAUGCAGAGUGAAGGGUGGAAGUAUGUCCUAACACUUCAACGUAUCAACUCCAAUGCAACGCGGCCUACAGAGGAAACAACCUGCAGCCAGCAACAUGCACUGAAGCAAAGGAAACAGAAGCAGCAGCAGCAGCUCGGUUAGAUUUGUGAAAUGUGCAGCGCCUCUACUAAGUCUUUGUCACGUUAACCGAGUUGGACAACACAUCCAUCAGACACACAGACAGACAGACAGACAGACAGUCAGUCAGUCAGUCAGUCAGUCAGUCAGUCUGACGGACAGAAACUGAAGGAGAGCUCGGCCGGUCUGAAUGUGAACUGAAACAGCCGAGAUGAGGAGAAAUCGGAGGAAAGGAGUGAACAAAGACAAGGUGUUUGGAUGUGACCUGCUGGAGCACCUGACCACCUCCUCUCAAGAGAUUCCUCAGGUCUUGCAAUGCUGCAGUGAGUUUGUUGAGAAGCAUGGCGUCGUGGAUGGUAUCUACAGGCUGUCUGGAGUGUCGUCCAACAUACAGAAACUCAGGGGCGAGUUUGAGAGCGACGGGAGUCCAGAUCUGAACAAGGAUCUGUACCUGCAGGACAUCCACUGUGUCAGCUCUCUGACUAAAGCUUAUUUCAGAGAGCUGCCCAACCCUCUGCUCACAUACCAGCUGUAUGACAAGUUCGCUGAGGCUGUGGCCCUCCAGCUGGAGGAGGAGAGGCUGGUGAAGAUCAGAAAUGUUCUGAAAGAACUACCAGAACCUCAUCACAGGACUCUGCAGUUUCUGAUGCGCCAUCUGGUCAAAAUGGCCUCAUUUUGCUCAGAGACCAACAUGCACUCCAGGAACUUGGCCAUCGUCUGGGCCCCUAAUCUGCUCAGGUCAAAAGACAUCGAGACGUCUGGGUUUAACGGUACAGCGGCCUUCAUGGAGGUCAGGGUUCAGUCCAUCGUCGUGGAGUUCAUCCUCACACACGUCCCUCAGCUGUUUCCUGAAGAAGAUUUAUCCAGUGAGAGAAGGAAGUCCCUCCCCUCGCCGUCACCAUUGCCCAAUCAGGACGAAGGGUUUUUCAAAGGGCCUGUCCAUCACUUUGGUAAUAUCAGUCCAGGAGAUGGUCCUCUAGCCAUGAGACCUUACCACGCUAUCAUCGAAGGCACCGACAAGAGGAAAGGAUCUCUUAAAGGCAGGAAGUGGAUGUCCAUCUUCAACAUCGGAGGACGAUUUCAAGACCCACGACGGAGGCACAAACUCUCAACGAAAGAGAAAGAAAGGCCUGCUUUGAGACCAGCCAGAAGCAUGGACUCGCUCAGCAACCCGCCCUAUCCAAACGACGCUUCCAGACGUCCCUGCCAGCGCCCUCCCUCCACCCACAUGUCUCCCCUCGUCACCCCCUCCCCACAGCCUGCCUCCGAGGUCCCUGCCUCCCCCGGAGCGAUAGGAGGCAGUGAAUACGCCGUGACCUACCGCAGAGGAACAGGGCUGGUGAGCGGGGGCGCGGGGACGCAGGGCACCUACACCUCCCUGGACCCUGAAGGUUUAUCUGGAAACGAGACCCUACUGUCCAGAUCCCCAGGACUCUCCACUAAAGUGGGCCGGAGAGCAGCCAUGCACAUCACGGGGCCCACCAUGGUGACCGUGCCCCUGCAUAUCACCUCGAACCUGGCUUUAGGGGUGCUGCAACGGGGCGGAGACAGUGUCAUCCACAGAGGAAGGGAUAAGGAAGGAGGGGACAGGGUGGAAGGUAAGGAGGGAGGAGAGAAGGUGGAGAGGAGGGAAAGCAAGGCAAUGGAGAGGAAGGUGGCAGAAAGACAAAAGGUUGAGCAGGAGGAGGAGGAGAAAAGUCGUAGAGGGAAAGUGAAAGUGAGAGACGUGGAGGAAGUAAUGGAAGCAGAAGGGGAGAUGGUGAUAGGAAGUGGAAGGGAUGAAGAUAAGAAAGAAGAGGAGAAGGAGGAAGGGGAGCUGUUGGUGGUAGACCAAGCUGUGUCCAAAGAGCUGCGAGCCAAAAGCCUGGCAUCCAACACUGAGGAAGAUAACGCCGUCGAAGAUGACAAUGAUCUUGAUGAAUACAUGGCCCAUGCUUCAUUUACAGAGAUGAAAGAUGUGCAGCCAGCUGACUGUGAGACGGCAGCGACUCAACACGAUGAUGGUUGUGUGUUCGAUGAUGCUGACGUCCUCAACUCAACCCAAGUGGACGGGGACCACCACGAGAUGUCCGGAUACGUUCAAGAUAACUUUGAGUUCCUGGACCAAAUGGACUGCAACAUGGAUCACAUGGACUGCAGUGUGUCCUACCAGGUGAACGAGUUCUCCGUGGAGCCUCCCGGUCACUCGGACGAUGAGUAUGAAGUCAUGGAUCCUUCAGAGCUCCAGACAGAGUUAAAACCAACGAGGCCGCUCAGCAUCAACUCGUACAACCGACACACUAAAUCCCUCAGCCUGCCCUACCUGACCUCACCCGUCCCGGGGCUGGAGGACUCCGGCUCUGAAGAGGACGGAGCAGCGUGCGACAGCGAUGAUUACAGCAGUGAGGAAGACGAGAGCAUGUUCAUAAAGAGCCUCCCCGCUGAAUUCUUUUUAAACAAUUUGACCUUUGAAAGAGACACUGAUAAACAGGAAGGUGGUGAUGGAGUUCCUGAACACCAAUCACAGAGCUGUGCUGACAGAGGAUCCCAGUCUCUGUGCUUCGGGUUUCCUGCAUGUGAAGAAUCAGCUGCUGUGGGUCUGGAGCAGGAAGAAGGGAAAGAUGAAGGAGAUAAAGAUGGACCGGAAGAAAAGGAGAUGACAGAGAAGGAAGAUGAAGAUCACCAGGGAAGAGACCAUCUGGAAAACAACGGGCAAAGCAAAGCGACAGAGGAAGAAGUCAUGGAGGACUCUCAGAGUGACAAAGAAGAACCUCUCACUCCAGAAGCAUUUUCUCACUGCUGCUAUGACUUUCCACCGCCCAUCGAUGAGGACUUUCUGGAGGAGGCGGACAUGUUGGACAAUCAUCACAGCGAUUCUCCACCUAGUCAUGAAGUGGUUAAUGCCACACAGGAAGAAGCUGAUGAUGCUUGUUUAGAGGAGAUCAGAGACUUUUCAGAGCCACCAACGAAGGAGAGAGACAGUGAUGAGGGAGAGGAACGAGAGGUAUUCAAAGAAAUAGAGAGUGAAAGUGAAGAUAUAGUAAUGGAAAUAAAAGAAAGUGAUGAGAACUUAGUGGCAGAAACCCCUGAGAAAGGCAAUGAAGUUGAGGAAAUACUUGGAGAGAAGCUGCAGGGAGGUGACACAGAGCAAGGAAGUGAUGUUUGUGGGGCAAGCAGCGAAAUAUGGGCUGAACUUGAGGACGUUAUAUGUGAAGGGAUAGAGGAUGUGGAGAGUACACAGGUGGAGGAGAAGGAUGACAGAGAGAGUGUUUCUGGGGAAGGUGAUGUGACUGAAGAUGUGGAAGAGCAGGUAGCAGAGGUUUCAGAGGAAAUGGUGGAAGUUGAGGAAGAAGAGACAAACAAGACAGAAGUCAGAGUAGAGGACGUUGAGGAAGAAGAGACAAACAAGACAGAAGUCAGAGUAGGGGAAGUUGAGGAAGAAGAGACAAACAAGACAGAAGUCAGAGUAGAGGACGUUGAGGAAGAAGAGACAAACAAGACAGAAGUCAGAGUAGAGGAAGUUGAGGAAGAAGAGACAAACAAGACAGAAGUCAGAGUAGAGGAAGUUGAGGAAUCAAUGGAGACGAUUGAAGAAAAACUCCCAGACACAGAAGUGCAGCGAGAGAUGGAGGAAGAAGAGACAAACGUACCGAAGACAAGUGAACCAGAAGAAGGAAUUCAAGGGAAGCACGCCAUCACUGCCGAAGAUCAGCAUCAUAACGGGGAAGAAGUAACUUCGAAAGAGAACAAUGAGAAAGCUGAUGAGCAACGUCAAGUGCAACUAUGCAUAGAUAAACAUCUCAAAGCGCUUAAGUGUGAUGUAGAGGUGAGUAGAGAGGGCAGGAAGGGUGAGGAAGGGGACAGCAGCUUAGGAGGAGUAGGAAGGAAGAUCGUCAUCUCUAGAAAUCCGAAGGUUUACCAAGUGAAAGCGGUGCCGGUGGUGCCUCCGAAGCCUCAGCACUGCAGGGUCACUGCGCUGAACAUCCGGCAGCAGCAGCAGCAGCAGCAGAGAGAGAAAAGAGACGCGGACAGAGAGAGAGAAAACGCAUCCAGAGUCGCAUCAGAGCAGGACGGUGCAGGAGACGGAGAGGAAGACAAAGGAGAGAAGACAACACAAGAGAGGGAGAAGAGGAUGGAAGGGGAUGAAAGUAGAAACAGUCCUCUCAGCAUGUGUUUCGAUGAGGCUGUUGCUAUUGAGGCCAUGAGGCGAGGGAAAGAGAAAGAGUGCGAGAAGGAGAAGGAGAGGCAGAAGGAUUGGGGAAAUGAGGUCCAGUGAAGUGUCUCUUUUGUGUUUCCACUGUACAAACUAUUUUUCUACGUGUAGCAUAUAUGGCUGUAUUAUUUUGAGUGGAGGUUUUGCCGCAGAUGCAAUGCUACUUAAGGGGGUUUUUGUGUUUUUGCUACCACACACAACUUGAUAGGCAGGCAGGAACUUGUAGGUUUUUUUAAAUAUAUACAGGAUAUUUUUCAGAGGAGGAUUUUCAGAGAGUUAAGAAAUGGGGAUGAUAUGCAACAAAGGUAAUUAUAUUGUCAAAAGCAAACAGAGAUUACAUUACAAUUGUGCUGCUGACACUUGUUAACAUAUUACAUGCACAACAUUGCAGCUUAUCUAGUUAAAAUGUAGAAGUAGAAAAGAAAGAUAAUAAAUAAAGCUCACUCUUUGUUUGCAGUUGUCGUCCAAUUAUACAAUACAUUGUAUAGAGUAAAUGAACGGUUUGCAAGUAUACGGUUAAAUUGUACAUUUGGAAGAGUGAAUGUAUAAUUCGUGAACGUUAUAAUGUCUGCUAAAUACAUUGUUAGGGAUUAUGUGAAUAAAGAUAAUAGUUUCUAAGA